CCAUGACCGAGUACAUAACAGCCUCCAUCCCCGUGGGGAGAUGGAGAGACGAGACUUACUCUUCAUGGUGCUCUGAGCUCAGCGACGCCCAGUUGUCACCCGUCCAGUUCAUUUACAAUUCCACUUCAAGACUUUUGUGUAAAAAGGCUUGGAUAAGACCACUGUCUACACCAGAUUGUUUUCAGCAUCGGCUUCUUGCCCAAAUCAGAUUGUCGUUCACAAACAUGGCUCCCAACAUCAACGACGCCGACAGGGUCAAGGACGCCGAGCCUCAGAUCUUUGAGGACGAGAACCCCGAAAAGCCCAUCCCCCGCAACACGGGCAAAGUCGACUACUCUGGUGCCCAGGAAAAGACUGAUCCCAAGGAGAUUGCCCUUGUAAAGAAGCUGGACAGAUGGAUGAUGCCGAUGCUCUGGUCUAUGUACUGGUUGAACUAUCUCGAUCGCAAUGCCAUCGCGCUGGCGCGUCUCAACAACCUUGAGGAAGACCUCAACCUCACCGGGUCCCAGUACCAGACCUGCGUGUCGAUUCUCUUUGUCGGUUACAUCUUGGGUCAGAUUCCAUCCAACAUGUUCCUCACCCGAACCCGUCCUAGUCGUUACAUGGGCACGAUGAUGAUGUUGUGGGCCGUUGUCAGCGCUCUGACGGCCGUCUCCAAGGACUUCACCGGCCUCUUGCUGACCCGAUUCUUCCUCGGAGUCACAGAGGCUCCCUACUACCCCGGAGCCGUCUACCUGCUGUCCAUCUUCUACACCCGUAAGGAGGUCGCCACCCGCAUCGCCAUCCUGUACACCGGCAACAUCCUCGCCACCGCCUUUGCCGGCCUCAUCGCCGCCGGCAUCUUCCACGGCAUGGACGGCCUCGGAGGCCUCGCUGGCUGGAAGUGGCUGUUCAUCUUGCAAGGCGCCGUGACGUUUGUGAUUGCCGUCGUGGGGUUCUUCCUGCUGCCGGACUUCCCUCAGAACACGAAGUGGUUGACGCAGGAGGAACGCGACCUCGCACACAACCGGAUGGAGCUCGACACCGUCGGCAACCAGGGAGCUUCUGGCACCAUGAAGGGUUUGCGCGAGGCGUUGAAGGACCCUCUGGUUUGGAUCUUUUGUGCGAUGGCUCACAUGCAUCUCGCUGCCAACGGCUUCAAGAACUUUUUCCCUACUGUCGUCGAAACUCUCGGCUUCAACACCACCAUCACUCUUGUCCUCACUUGCCCCCCCUAUUUGAUCGCUGGAGCGAUCACCAUUGCCGUGUCGUGGUCUUCUGGCAAGUUUAACGAGCGCACAUGGCACAUCACUGCUUCUAAGGCCGUUGCUGUCGUUGGUUUCGUGUCGGCUGCUGCAACUUUGAACCUGGCCGGAAGAUACAUUUCGAUGGUGAUCUUCACGAUCGGAACAUAUGGUGUAAACAGUCUGAUUCUCGGAUGGUGCGGUAGUGUCUGCGGACAGACUAAGGAGAAGAAGGCCGCCGCCUUGGCUGCUGUUACAACGAUCAUGAACAUCAGCUUCAUCUGGACGCCUUAUCUCUGGCCCAGCAGCGACGAGCCGCGUUACGCCAUAGCUAUGGGAAGCUCCGCCGGGUUCAGCAUCGCGACUGCGGCGCUUGCGUGGCUGGUCAAGAUCAUCCUGAAGAAGCGCAACGCGAAGCUGAGAGCCUCGCACGACGAGACGGGCGUCUUCUAUGUCUACUAAAUGGAUGCAGAGGAAUUGUGUGUGCUGUUGUUAUUCAUUGAUAUCGCGAGGUUGCCGAACCUUCAAGGAAGAAAAAGGCCAGGUCUGGGAUUAAACCAGAGCUAUGAUUUACGCUGUCAAUGAUAGAUAUCAGAUGUUGCAAAUACCAGGAUUUGGUCUUACUGCAUAUUCCAAUGCCCUAGGGAAAAAUGCUUUGCGAAAAGUCAGGACGUUAUCAAAAUAUGUUGCCAUUGCAAACAUGUCGAAAAACGUCGUCCUCUGAAGCUCAUUUCCUAAAAGAAAACCCACUGGUUCUCUUCUGACUAAGGGCUAAAUUCUGAGUCCUAGCCUUUCCGUCAGCUUUUCUCAAUGCC